UGUUAUGAAGCCGUUUCUUUGUUCUUCCUCUGAGUUUAAAAGUAAAAGUAUUAAUUUAGGGUUUCUGCCUCCUUUUCCUGAAGCUUUGAAACACUGAGCUGCUCCCUGAUAAGACUCUGCUUUACUCACUAAUGAGCUUUUUGUAGAAGUGAAGCUCGUCAGGAUCGUUUUCUGACUGAACUGAUUGUGGCCUUUAACAGACUUACAGUAAAAAGAAAGAAGGAAUAAAAAUGACUAGAAGAGAUUGAAAACAGCUGCUGGUGACGCAUCUUAGAUUUCUAAUGCCAGUAACAGACCAGGCAGUACAAUAAUAAUGAUAUUUAUUAUAUUUCCACGACUGUAGUCAUGGAAAAAAUGUUCAAGCUGAAUGUGUUGUUGGUAACUUUUAGAUUUUAGUGUCUAAAAUCAGUGAUAAUCAGUUUAAAAAAGUUCUCAAAACAAAAAAAGACUUUUUUCAGAGUUCUCCUGCAGCUGAGUUCAUCUAAAUAUUCUCUAGGAACUCAUAUUUAACAGGAAUAUUCUCGUUCCGUCACUAAUAACCACCGUAAGAGAGCUUUUUCAGCAGCGUUUGUGUUGAGUGUGGAGCUUUUCUUAGAUAAAUUCACUUAGAGGUGAAAAUAACGAGCAGAGAUCGCUCUGACCUUUAGAGAAUCACAGCAGAGAUCGGAGCGAUAAUACGACUCAUUAGUGGAAAAUGGUUUUAUUAACCUCUGAACUCCAAGAAGCUUCCUUUUUUCCUCCUUCUAGUCUCAUUUUUACUCACUGUGGUUAAUUUUCUGAGUCAUUACAGACAGUUUGGGUCAUUUUGGACAAAUUUUAGCCCAGUUAUGAGUCUACAAAAUUACAAAAUUAACUGAAAUUUGUCCAAAAUAACACAAAACAUGUCCAAAGUGGCUCAACAGUUAUCUACAGCACCACAAAAACUGAGCAAAAUUACCUGAAACUGGUUCAGAAUGACUCAAAAUACCUUCAAAACUGUCCAAAAUUACAUAAAAAUAUUGAAAAAUUACUCCAAAUGUGUUCAAAUUGACCAUUUUUAAUUUAUUAAUGACAAUUUUGGUCAUUUUGAAGAAGUUUUAAUUUAGUUCUGGGUCUCUGCUCAUCAUCUGUAGGAAGAUGUUUCACCAGGCUGAAUGUAUCUCCAACAGUUUUCAGCCUAUUUUUAGGUUCCUUUUUGUUAAAAUAUAAUAAAUUAUGGUUUUCAAGUGGGUUCAGAGGGUUGAUUAGUUUAUAUAUUUAAAAAAGUUUUCCAAAAUUUGUGAAAAAUCCUGCCAAAGAGCAGAAUUUUUUUGUUUUUACGGCAUUUUUUGGUAUAAACGGUUUAUUUUUGUUUAUUUUUGAAAAAUUAAAUAUAUACGACAAAGUGAAAUCAAUCAAAUAUGACAAUUUUCAGCUUAUUUUCAGGUUUCUUUUUGUUUAAAUAUAAUAAAUUAUGGCUUUUAAAUGGGGAAAAAGUGUCCCAAAACUCGUAAAAAAUUCUGCCAAGUAGAGCAAAAUUUUUAGUUUUUACAGUAUUUUUUUUUAGCAUAAACAGUUUAUGAUUGCCAAUUUUUUUACGAGACACAAACAAAAAAGUGAGAUCAAUGAAAUAAGAAAGAAAUUACGGUUUUUAAGUGCAUUCAGAGAGUUGAUUAGUAUUUUUUUAAAAAAGGUUUACCAAAAUUCGUAAAAAAAAAAAAAAAAGAAACCCUGCCAAAGAGAGAAGAAUUUUUAGUUUUUAUAGCAUUUUUUUUGGCAUAAGCAGUUUAUUUUUGGUGAUUUAAAAAAAAAAAAAAUAUAUAUAUAUAUAUACAACAAAGGGAAAUCGAUGAAAUUUAACAAUUUUCAGCUAAUUUUUAGGUUCCUUUUUGUUUAAAUAUGAGAAAUUAUGUUUUUUUUUAAAAAUAGGUUCAGAGGGUUGAUUAGUAUAGUUUUUUUUUUUUGUCAGUGUCCUAAAACUUGUAUAAAAUCCUGCCAGUGUUCCCUGAAGAUCCACAGCUGGUCGAUAUUAAAAUGAAAUAAUGACUCUAGGGUUCUAAUAUGUAGUGCAUCAUAUAUUAAACACAUUAUGAGGGGGUUUGGAGGGCUACUGAGGCUCUCUAUGAACUGAAACUGAUGAUUUUUAAUCCUCUAAACGUUCAGAGACGCUCCGCUGCAGCUUCAGGCUCUGAGCUGUUAAAUCAGAUCACUGGAAUCUGAGACUGUGUGAUGAUGAAGCUGAAGACAGAAGAGUCCUCAGGUUCUCAUAACGCCGCUAUGAGGCGGCUGUGAUGGUUUUAUGACGUCAGACGUGAAUAAAAAGCGAGGAGGUGAUUACAGGAAGCGUCCGUGGGGAGAAUCGUGUUAAUUUUGUGUCUUUUUGUGACAAUUUCACGUCUUUUUGUAAUAAUUUUGGCCCUUUAUGUGGUAAUUUUGUGGGGGUUUUUGUGCCAAUUCUGUCUUUUUUGUGUUGAUUUUGUCCAUUUUUUAUGGUAAAUUUGAGUGUUUGAGGUAAUUUUGCCUCUUUUGUGUUGAUUUUUGUGUCUUUUUGUGGUAAUUUUGUACAUUUAUCAUGGUAUCGUAUUUUCGCGACCAUAAGGCGCACUUAAAAGUCUUAAAUUUUCUCCAAACUGGACGGAGCGCCUUAUAAUGCGGUGGAUCUUAUGUGUGCACCGAGUUCCAAAAUGUGUAAAUGUUGUUGUGUAACUUUGAUGAGCUCCGCUUGACUGACUGAGAUCAUUUCCUGCCGACACGCUGCUUAGAUAGAGAAAAGGAGGACGUGACAGAGGACAGCAUGAGAACGUUAAAGGGGGAAGUGUGGGCGUGAAAGAAGACGCUAAAGGCUGCCCCCAGUUGGUACAUAGUGCUGGUAUGUGCUUUGUGCAACACAACAUCGGUUUGGCUAAGGACCCCUUAAAAUGGCUCCUGAGAAGAGACACGCUUACGAAGCACAGUUUAAACUGCAAGCUAUCAGCUACGCGGAGGAACAUGGGAAUCGAGCAGCCGCGAGAGAAUUCAAGAUCAACGAAUCCAUGGUUCGCAAGUGGAAGAAGCAGGAAAACGAGCUUCGCCAAGUCAAGAAGACGAAGCUGAGUUUCCGCGGAAACAAGGCGAGGUGGCCCGAACUGGAAGACCGACUUGAGCAAUGGAUUAAUGAUCAAAGAACAGCUGGGAGAAGCGUCUCUACAGUCACCAUUCGAUUGAGGGCAAUAACGCUUGCAGAAGAAAUGAAAAUUGAACAUUUUCAAGGAGGUCCGUCUUGGUGCUUUCGUUUUAUGAAGCGGCGGCAUCUUUCCAUCCGGGAAAAGACUACCGUGGCGCAGCAACUUCCAGCGGAUUACAAUGAAAAGAUGGCCAUCUUCCGCUCCUACGGCAGUAAAAAGAUUGCCGACAAACACAUCCAGCCCAACCACAUCACCAACAUGGACGAGGUGAAUCACACGGUCGAGAAGAUGGGGACCAGCACGGUAGCGAUACGCACAACAGCGCACGAAAAGUCGGCUUUUACUGUUGUGCUUGGCUGCCAUGCUAAUGGACAGAAACUGCCACCUAUGGUGAUUUUUAAGAGGAACACGCUGCCUAAAGAGAAGUUUCCAGCCGGAGUCAUCGUUAAGGCCAAUCAAAAGGGCUGGAUGGACGAGGAGAAAAUGAAAGAGUGGCUGAGUGAAGUGUACGUAAAGAGACCACAUGGUUUCUUCCACGCGUCACCGUCCCUGUUGAUCUGUGACUCCAUGCGCGUCCAUCUCACAGCCACUGUGAAAAACCAAGUGCAGCAAAUGAACUCGGAGCUUGCUAUCAUUCCGGGAGGCUUGACGAAGGAACUCCAACCGCUGGACAUCGCUGUAAACAGGGCGUUCAAAGUGAAGUUGCGAACGGCGUGGGAGCGAUGGAUGACAGAUGGCGAACACAGUUUUACUAAGACUGGGAGGCAGCGCCGGGCGAGACAGAGCAUAGGAGCUAAAAGCAGAGUCUACGACAGCAAAGGCCGGCUGCUGUCCAACGGUAAGGACAUGUGCGACUGCCUGGACGUGGACUGUAUGGGAUGUUUCUACCCGUGUCCGGACUGCGGGUCUCGGAAGUGUGGCGUGGAGUGUCGUUGCGACCGGAAGUGGCUGUACGAGCAGGUGGAGGUGGAGGGAGGGGAGAUCAUCCGGAACAAGUUCGCCGUUUAGAGACGCUUCAGACGCCCUGAAGACGGGCUGAAGGACUGUUCAAGACUCUGAUGCUUCUUAGUGACCCUCUCAGUUUCUGUUGUCAUGGAAACACUGCCUGCAGUUCAGCCGAAAACUCUUUUUUUUUUUUUUUUUUUUUUUACAGGAAACGUUUAUUGCAAAUGGCUCGUUUUUGGCUGGAAGGUAAAUGUUUGCUACCAGACUGUUUUUAAAGAGAAAACUCUCCAAAAAUACCUUGAAAUUAGUUUAAAAUGGCAUUUUUUGAGUCUUUUGGGGUAAUUUUUUGGUUAUUUUGGACAAUUUUUGGUCCAGUUUUGAGUCUUGGCUCAUCAGUUUCUUCAACAUAAAUGAGAUUUUGUUCAUUUCAUUAAACUUACACUUUUUUAACUUCAUUAAAUAUUCUCCAUGUUUUUGUUUUGGUAUUUUUCACCAUGCUGAAUGUAUCUCCAAACACCUUGCAGAAAUGACUCAAAAAUUACGGCAAAUAUCUUAUACUCUCCAAAAAUAACUUGAAAUGAGCCAAGUAUGGCAAUUUUUGAGUUGUGACUAAUUUUGGGCAAGUUUUUUUUUUUUUUUUAAUUUCGAUUAGUUUUAGUCCGGGCUGCACAGUGGUGUAGUGGUUAGCACUUUCACCUUGCAGCUAGAAGAUCCCUGGUUCGCGUCCCGGCUUUCCCGGGAUCUUUCUGCAUGGAGUUUGCAUGUUCUCCCUGUGCAUGCGUGGGUUUUCUCCGGGUACUCCGGCUUCCUCCCACAGUCCAAAAAUAUGCUGAGGUUAAUUGAUUAUUCUAAAUUGCCCGUAGGUGUGAAUGUGAGAGUGAUUGUUUGUCUCUGUAUGUAGCCCUGUGACAGACUGGUGACCUGUCUAGGGUGUCCCCUGCCUUCACCUGAGUCAGCUGGGAUAGACUCCAGCCCCCCCAUGACCCUAGUGAGGAUUAAGAGGUGUAUAGAUAAUGGAUGGAUGGAUAGUUUUAGUCCAGAUUUGAGUCUAAAAAUGUCCAAAAUGAACUGAAAUUUGUCCAAAAUAACACAAAACAUGUCCAAACUGACCCAACAGUUACUUGAAACGAAAUCAAAAUGACUCAAAAUGUGUCUAAAAUAACUCAAAAACUGUCCAAAACUACUUUAAAAAAUUGCAAAACGACUCCAAAUGUGUUCAAAUUGACUAUUUUUAAGUUAUUAUGGAGAGUUUGGGUCAUUUUGAAGACUGAUUAGUUCAGUUUUGAGUCAGUUUGAGCUGUAGAAAGAUGUUUCUCCAUGCUGAAUGGAUCUCCAACAACUUGCUCCUCUGUUCAGUUUCUGAGCCAAGCUGCAUUUAUUUCAUUUAUCCAGUCGGUGUGGUUUGACUGGGUCUAAAAUUGUGCAAAAUGACUUGAAAUUGGUCCAAAAAUACUUUAGUUCAAAGCAACUCAAAAUUUGUUCAGAAUAAGUAUUUUAAGUUUUUAUGGACAAUUGUAGUCAUUUUGUUGAAGUUUUAGUCCAAGUAUGAGUCUAAAAAUGUCCAAAAUGAACUGAAAUUUGUCCAAAAUAACACAAAACGUGUCCAAAGUGGCUCAACAGUUAUCUGCAAAACAUCAAAAACUGAGCAAAAUUACUGGAAACUGGUUCAGAAUGACUCCAAAUGUGUCCAAAGUAACUCGACUAGAAUAUAACUGUCCAGAAUUACUUAAAAAUAUAGGAAAAUGACUCCAAAUGUGGUCAAAUUGGCCAAUUUUAAGGCACUGGGUCAAUUUGGGGGAAAAAAACCUCGAACUAACAGACCUUCACUUGUCGUGGAAACACUGCCUGCAGUUCAGCCGAGCUCAGAAUUUUUAGUUUUUUGUUUGUUUUUGACAAGUCGGUCAAAGUAGAAGGAUUGUGGGAAGUAAAACGCUGUGACAUCAGAAACUAGUGGGACUGAUUGCAGACUGUGAUGCUUUUUAAACAAACUUCCACAUUAUUAACUGAUGUUUAUCUGGUUUUUAAAGCUGCUGCUGCCUGUGGUAGAAUAAGAUGCUUCAGUCUGUUGUUGUUCUGCUUGUGCCAAUUUUAAUAAUAAACACUUUCAAAAAGCUGUA